AUGGAUCAAGUAUAUUCGAAAAUAGAGGCAAUACAGACGAACCUCAACGAACUACUUUAUCGAUAUGCACUAUCACAGCCAGUCAAAACAGAGUGUCUUAGUUUGAUCAAACAAUUUCAGCUCGUGAUAGACUCUGGCUUCGUGCCCGAGCAAGUCAAAGGCCUGGGAAAUAAGCUUUUGGGAUUCUACGAUCACCUCAAAUCUGGCCGACCGUUCCUCACUCCUGACGAAAAGAUGUGCUGGAUAUUCUCAAAGCAAGAUAGCUUCUACUACCCAUUUGAUGAACAAAUUGGUGUCUUCGUUGCCCCAGGCUCAACAAACUCACUUGAUCUUAGUACAGAUGGAAUUGAGGAUUUAUAUCAGGAAUCACUGGCAAACUGCUCCUUUGUGUCGUCCUUAAUAACAAUGGCCAGCCAUGGGUUUGAUCUCUUGUCAUUGGUUCAUACUGAUACCAAGACAUCGAGAUUUGCAUUGACGCUAGAAUUUAAUGGAUGUAGAAGAGUGGUUUGGACAGACUCUUCACUUCCGGCCGAUCAAUCGCGAUAUGUGAAAAGCUCGACUAAUCCAGAGCUUUUGUGGCCGGCAAUCGUGGAAAAGGCAUACCUACAGAUCCACAAUGCGUCCCAUUUAUCGGACUUUAGGGGUUCCAAUAUCGGCAUCGACACAUAUAUUCUUACCGGCUACGUUCCCGAGUAUGUGGAAAUUGACGAUCUUACUAGAGACCAAAUGGAAGAUAUUGCUCGAAAACACAGUACAGCAGAUCUUGUGCUAGGUUUAGGGACUUCCAAUCUUUCCGCAGAGGAGUGUCGCCGCUUCAAUCUUGCACCUAAUCAUGAUUAUUCGGUCCUGAGCAUCAAAAAGGACAAGUUAGCGCAGUACGGCUUCAGAUUUCAACUGAGAAACCCCUGGAAUCUUGCGAAACGGGACAUGGAAGUGUCGGAUCUUUACCCCUUUAACGUGCUCUAUCUCAAUUGGAAGCUAAACAACUUUUCAAAGAUCACCAAGCACGUGAUAUACAAGGAUACAUUGGGAGCGAUAGAAUAUCCUCAAUUUAGCUUACAGAAUCACGACUACCCCAAUAUGGUCUAUGUUCUUAUUGAGCGCCACCUGAACCAGCCAGAGACAUAUUUGCGUGCCGAGUGGUAUGAAACACAAGGCGAGAAACUCUGGACGCUGACAGGCGCAAAGCGGAUAUUGAAAAGUCCGACGAACAGAUCACGUUUUGUAUUGUCAAAGCUUCGUCUCAAUCCAGGUCAAGUCGCGACCGGCGUGCUCAUUGCAAAUAGUACGUCUUCAAUUAGAUACUCUGUGCAUUUUUUUUCUGGUCACAAGUUGACGGUAGGAAGACCAUCAUUCAAGUACAAACACAUCGAAGAAGUGUCAGAUCAAUGGACGCCCAUGACAGCUGGAGGCAGCUGGUUGCAUUCCACUUACAUUGACAAUCCACAAUUUGAGAUUGCUGGUGCGCUCGGGAAGACCGAAAUUGGUCUUUACUCCAACAGCGUGGCUAAUGUCCUACUAUUCGAGACUUCAGAAAGUUUCCUCACAAAGUUCGACGAAAGAACCCUUGUGGCCGGCCAGCGACUUGAGUACGACCAAUCAGGAUUUAUCUUCAAGACCAACCUCAGUCCAAAGUCAAGAUACAUCGCCGUAGUAUCCACGAAGGAUCCGUCAACUCUUGGCCGAUUCAAAUUAAUCGUCAAUAGCGAAAGCCCGCUGACAAUGACUAGACUGUCCACAAGUCUGGGACUAUUUACGCAAGCAAAGACUUUCCGAGACUCAGAAAGCUACAAAUACCAGUUUGUGGUUCUGAAACCCUCCCGCGUUGCAAUAAGAAUCAGGAGCCCCAUUGCAUACGAUUUUUCAGUGUCAGCUACCUAUUUCCGUAAGGACUACAAAAAAAUCAGCGAAAAGUAUGGCUACUUCGUUCAUUUUGACACCCUUCAGCCCGAAAUAUAUACAAUCAGCAUCAGGUUAUCGCAGAAGGGCCCAUGCACUGUGGAUCUGGGUAGUUCCCACAGGUUGGGGUGA